GGAGGAGGAGAAGGAGAAGGAGGCGGAGGCGGAGGGAGGAGGAAGCCCCGUCGCGGCCUCCGCCGCCGCCAACGGGGCUGUCCCUGUACCUCCCGAUGGAGUUUGAGGCCGUGAAGCCGCCGCCGAGCUCUGCCCCGGCGAGACGAGGCGCCUCCGUCGCCGAGCCGCGCGGUCGCGGGGCUCCCGGGAGCGGCCCUUAGCGACCCCGCCCGGUCCCCCUCAGCUUACAAAACACUACCCAGCAAAAUAAUGAUCUGCUAGACUGCUAACCCGAGCAUCCAGCUUCCACAAUGCCUGUGCAGGCAGCUCAAUGGACAGAAUUUCUGUCCUGUCCAAUCUGCUAUAAUGAAUUUGAUGAGAAUGUGCACAAACCCAUCAGUUUAGGUUGUUCACACACUGUUUGCAAGACCUGCUUGAAUAAACUUCACCGAAAAGCUUGUCCUUUUGAUCAGACUGCCAUCAACACAGACAUUGAUGUGCUUCCUGUCAACUUCGCACUUCUCCAGUUAGUUGGAGCCCAGGUACCAGAUCAUCAAUCAGUAAAGUUAAGUAAUUUAGGUGAGAACAAACACUAUGAGGUUGCAAAGAAAUGUGUUGAGGAUUUGGCACUCUACUUAAAACCACUAAGUGGAGGUAAAGGUGUAGCUAGUUUGAACCAGAGUGCACUGAGCCGUCCAAUGCAAAGGAAACUGGUGACACUUGUAAACUGUCAACUGGUGGAGGAAGAAGGUCGUGUAAGAGCCAUACGAGCAGCCCGUUCACUUGGAGAAAGAACUGUAACGGAACUAAUAUUACAGCACCAGAACCCUCAGCAAUUGUCUGCCAACUUAUGGGCUGCUGUCAGGGCUCGAGGAUGCCAGUUUCUAGGGCCAGCUAUGCAAGAAGAGGCCUUGAAGCUGGUGUUGCUGGCAUUAGAAGAUGGUUCUGCUCUCUCAAGGAAAGUUCUGGUACUUUUUGUUGUGCAAAGACUAGAACCAAGAUUUCCUCAGGCAUCAAAAACAAGUAUUGGUCAUGUUGUGCAACUACUGUAUCGAGCUUCUUGUUUUAAGGUUACCAAAAGGGAUGAAGACUCUUCCCUGAUGCAGCUAAAGGAGGAAUUUCGGAGUUAUGAGGCUUUACGCAGAGAACAUGAUGCCCAAAUUGUUCACAUUGCUAUGGAAGCAGGACUCCGUAUUUCACCUGAGCAGUGGUCUUCACUUCUAUAUGGUGACUUGGCGCAUAAAUCACACAUGCAGUCUAUCAUUGAUAAGCUGCAGUCUCCAGAAUCAUUUGCAAAGAGUGUUCAGGAAUUGACAAUUGUUUUGCAACGAACAGGUGACCCAGCUAACUUAAAUAGACUGAGGCCUCAUUUAGAGCUUCUUGCAAACAUAGACCCUAAUCCAGAUGCUGUUUCACCAACUUGGGAGCAGCUAGAAAAUGCAAUGGUAGCUGUUAAAACAGUGGUUCAUGGCCUUGUGGACUUCAUACAAAAUUAUAGUAGAAAAGGCCAUGAGACACCUCAGCCUCAGCCAAACAGCAAAUAUAAGACUAGCAUGUGCCGAGAUUUGCGACAGCAAGGAGGGUGUCCACGAGGAACAAAUUGUACUUUUGCCCAUUCUCAGGAAGAGCUUGAAAAGUAUCGAUUAAGGAACAAAAAGAUCAAUGCAACUGUAAGAACGUUUCCUCUUCUAAAUAAAGUUGGUGUAAACAACACUGUCACAACCACAGCCGGAAAUGUCAUUUCUGUCAUAGGAAGUACUGAAACAACGGGGAAAAUUGUUCCAAGUACAAACGGAAUUUCAAAUGCAGAAAACAGUGUUUCCCAGCUAAUUCCACGUAGUGCUGACAGUACAUUAAGAGCUCUGGAGACUGUGAAGAAAGUGGGGAAGGUUGGCACUAAUGGUCAGAAUGCUGCUGGGCCUUCUGCAGAGUCUGUAUCUGAAAAUAAAAUUGGUUCUCCACCCAAGACUCCUGUAAGUAAUAUAGCGGCUACCUCAGCUGGGCCCACUAAUGUUGGAACAGAGCUGAAUUCUGUGCCUCCAAAAUCCAGCCCAUUUAUAACUAGAGUACCAGUAUAUCCUCAGCAUUCUGAAAACAUUCAGUAUUUUCAAGAUCCAAGGACUCAGAUACCCUUUGAAGUCCCACAGUACCCACAGACAGGAUACUACCCACCACCUCCAACAGUACCAGCUGGUGUGGCUCCCUGUGUUCCUCGCUUUGUGAGGUCCAAUAAUGUUCCAGAGUCCUCCCUCCCACCUGCUUCCAUGCCAUAUGCUGAUCAUUACAGUACAUUUUCGCCUCGAGAUCGAAUGAAUUCUUCUCCUUACCAACCUCCUCCUCCGCAGCCGUAUGGACCAGUUCCUCCAGUACCUUCUGGAAUGUAUGCUCCUGUGUACGACAGCAGGCGCAUCUGGCGCCCACCUAUGUACCAACGAGAUGACAUUAUUAGAAGCAAUUCUUUGCCUCCAAUGGAUGUGAUGCACUCGUCUGUGUAUCAGACGUCUUUGCGGGAAAGAUAUAACUCAUUAGAUGGGUAUUAUUCAGUGGCUUGUCAGCCACCAAGUGAGCCAAGGACAACUGUGCCUUUACCAAGGGAACCUUGUGGUCAUUUGAAGACCAGUUGCGAGGAGCAGAUAAGAAGAAAGCCAGAGCAGUGGGCACAGUACCACACUCAGAAAGCACCUCUUGUCUCUUCAACUCUUCCUGUGGCAACACAGUCACCAACGCCACCUUCUCCUCUAUUCAGUGUAGACUUUCGCACUGAUUUCUCUGAAAGUGUGAGUGGCACAAAAUUUGAAGAAGAUCAUCUUUCCCAUUAUUCCCCCUGGUCUUGUGGCACCAUAGGUUCCUGUAUAAAUGCUAUCGAUUCAGAGCCCAGAGAUGUAAUUGCUAAUUCAAAUGCUGUGUUAAUGGACCUGGACAGUGGAGAUGUUAAGAGAAGAGUGCAUUUAUUUGAAACUCAGAGAAGGACAAAAGAAGAAGAUCCAAUAAUUCCUUUUAGUGAUGGACCUAUCAUCUCAAAAUGGGGUGCAAUUUCUAGAUCUUCCCGUACAGGUUACCAUACCACAGAUCCUGUUCAGGCCACUGCUUCCCAAGGAAGUGCUACUAAGCCUAUCAGCGUAUCAGAUUAUGUCCCUUAUGUCAAUGCUGUUGAUUCAAGAUGGAGUUCAUAUGGUAAUGAAGCUACAUCAUCAGCACAUUAUAUUGAACGGGACAGAUUCAUCGUUACCGAUUUAUCUGGUCAUAGAAAGCAUUCCAGUACUGGAGACCUUUUGAGCAUUGAACUUCAGCAGGCCAAGAGUAACUCGUUGCUUCUUCAGAGGGAGGCCAAUGCUCUGGCCAUGCAACAGAAGUGGAAUUCCCUGGACGAAGGCCGUCACCUUACCUUAAAUCUUCUAAGCAAGGAAAUUGAACUGAGAAAUGGAGAGAGUGAUUAUACAGAAGAUGCAGUCGAUACUAAGCCUGAUAGGGAUAUAGAGUUAGAGCUUUCAGCACUUGAUACUGAUGAACCUGAUGGACAAGGUGAACAGAUUGAAGAGAUCCUGGACAUACAGCUUGGUAUCAGUUCUCAAAAUGAUCAGUUACUGAAUGGAACAGCAGUAGAAAAUGGGCAUCCAGUCCAGCAACACCAAAAGGAGCCCCUGGAGCAGAAGAGACAGAGUUUAGGUGAAGACCAUGUGAUUCUGGAGGAGCAAAAAGCAAUUCUGCCGGUAACUUCUUGCUUUAGUCAGCCACUCCCAGUGUCCAUUAGCAAUGCGAGUUGCCUCCCUCUUGCCACAUCUGUCAGUGUUGGCAACCUCAUUCUGAAAACUCAUGUUAUGUCUGAAGAUAAAAACGACUUCUUGAAACCUGUUGCAAAUGGGAAGAUGGUUAACAGCUGAAAAGAGGUUCAUCUUUCAAAUCUGUGACCAUACCAUGGAAGCAUUUACACUAGCUUUUUAUAUAUAUAAUAUAUAUUAUAUAAUGUAUAUUUUUUUUAAAAAAAAGAUAUUACUGGGGGCAUCCAUUUCCUGUGGACUCUUUGAUACUUCAAGCCCUCUUGCAUUAGCAUUAUGAAAAAAAAAGAAAAUUUACUUUACUAGGGUAACACGUUCACUUUCCAGAAGUGAUUGGAAUUUGGACAUUUAACUUAAGCUUCAAGCAGCUUUUUAUGAGUUUGUAGCAAUCCGGUGCAGUAACUGAGCCAUUUCCUAUUUUAAAUGGCUUCUAUAGAAAAUUAACAACUCAGUUAUUAAACUAGCAGGAUCCUACAAUGAUACAUCUAGUGAAA